GCAUUUGUAAAUGGAUUUAAAGGUAUGAUAAACUUUACUUUUAUUAGUUUGACCAAACUCUGCAAUAAUAUAAAUAAAUAUAUCUUGACUUUCUCUCUGACAUGUUUAGAUAAAUAUUUGGGUAACGUGAGGUACAUGUGGCUCUCGGAUUGUACACUUGCACGUAUCCUAAUUGAAUCUGUCCUUGCUUUUGAGGUGACCAUGACUUCAACUACAGUUCUAGGCCAUUAUCUACAAUAAGGAAUCUUUCAGCAUUGACUAUUUAAAAUGAUCUUAUACUUGCUCUUAAUUCUGAAACUGAACAUGCCAAAACUUGGCUUCUGUUUUUAAUUAUUUUUACUACUUCAAAGUGCUUUUGGUGGUAUUUUGUUUGUUUUGGGAAGAAACAACAACAAAGUAUACAAAUUCCUUUUCUAAGAAUAAUGUUUGACUCUUUCAAAUAGCAAAGAACAUUGAAGCAAAGGGCACAAUAGACAUGGUGGACAUAGAUGAAUUUGUGAAAAGAGUUGUAACUGUAGACACUCCUCAAAGAAUAUGGGCUUCUAAAAACUUUACUGGCAAUCUCGAAUUCAAAGGACAACUGAAUUCUACUACAGUCAAUGGUCUGAACCUAAGGGACUAUGUGGACAGAGUAGUAUUCAAAAAUAGAGAUGAGGUAGUACGUGGUAAAAAAACUAUUAAAGGGAGUGUUAACAUAGAAGGAAACUUGAAUAUUGAUGGCUACCUCAAUGAUGUAGAUAUUCCUAAAUUAAAAGGAAAAGCAAUGUCCAAAAGCAAACCAAACGAUAUCACUGCUCCAAUGGCUUUUGUAAAUAGUGUAGAGAUUGGUAAGUAAUAUUUUGAAUGUGUAACUUUUUUUGUGCAGAGGACAGAAUAAACUUUCAUUCUCAAUAUUACUAUUUCUAAUUUGUACCCAAAGUAAAGGCUAUGGUAACUUUUUAACAGGACAUUUAAUAGUUAAGGAGCCUGCUACAUUAGAUGGAGUAGAUCUGCAGGUGCUAGCUUUCUUGGAUGAAGAUGUUCACUUCACAGACUUCAAUAAAUUUGAUUUGGUAGUGGAAUCUCAUGACAACAUUACUGUUAAUGGCCUAGUAAAUGGAUGUGACCUGGCAUGGGUGAGUGCUAUAACUUUAAGCAAAUGUACAGAUAUUAAGUAUUAGUUAAAGUAGUAUUAUGGAGAUGGGGCCUAGAUAUUUGUUGACGUAAUCUGUUCUUUAUUUCAAUGAACCAAAUUUUUCUUAUGGAAGCAUUUUUCUCUUCAAUAGCUGGCUGAACAUGCACUAUACUUGAACAAAACUAACAAACCUAUAACCGGUAAAAAGAGUUUCCACCAUCUUGCUGUAAAAGGAAAUGUGCACGUUGCUGGUACUAUUAAUGGAGUAGACAUUCAAGUCUUGGCAGGAAAGAUGGUAACAAAAUCUGAUCGGCAAACAAUUACUGGAAAAGUACAUUUUCAGAAAGGUCUAGAGGUGAAAGAACUUGUACUGAAAGACCUGGUUAAUGGAGUAAACAUUAACUUUAUUUUCAAAGAUGCUGUUAGAAGAUCUGUUCCACAAGUGAUACAAAGUUCUAAAAAGUUUGCAAAUGCUUUGGGACUAGUGGUGAGGCAGACCUUAAUGGUGGAGAAAGACCUGAAAGUACUUGAGAAGGUGAAUGACGUAGAUAUCUCUGAACUGAGUAAGAUUACAGUACUGAAAUAUGGGGAACAAGAAAUUUAUGGAAGGAAGACUCUCUCAAAUAUAAUUAUUCGUCAAAAUAUGUAUGUAGGAGGUAAGUUGUCACUUUCUUCUAGACAAAACUCUUCUUAAUUAUAAAAGAUGGAAUUCUCUAAUCUGGAGCUUAUUUGUAAUUCUCUGACUUAAUCUGUCAUUUUGAUCUUAAGCUACUUCAAUCAUUUUUACUACUUCUGACUUGAGCUUUAUGUGCAAG